CGACAACGAACCAAAUCUCAUCACACCAUACACGAGGCAAAGCCGCGCCUUCGCUUGUCCGCAGCGAGGACGUCCAUACACCUACCGAACUCAAUUUUAUCCUCUUCCAAGCGCACACACACACACACACACACCUAAACCGCCAAAAUGGUCCAACUUGUCGAGGUUGAGGACGAGCACUUCCAGCAGCCGCAGGUCGGCCCGGAGGAGGACGAUGAUGACUAUACCGACACCGACUCCGAGAUCUCCACCGAAUCCAACUACGACCCGUCCGAAGAGACCCUCGCGGAGCGCCUGGCCGCCCUCCGCGACAUGGUGCCGGCCACCACGCGCGGCUGGAUCCACCACAAGUACGAGGUGACCGCGUCGGCCGUGCGCGCGGCCCUGUCCUUUGCCGGCCGCGCCGCCUGGACCGUCUCGGUCAGCGCCCUGCUGGUCGGCGUGCCCUUCGCCCUCGCCUACGGCGAGGACCAGAACUUCGCCGCCAUGGAGCAGGAGCAGCGCAUGCGCGAGCUCGGCGGCGAGGUCCUGACCGCCCCCGUCAGCACCGGCAGCGCCGCCGCCGCCGCCGCCGCCGGCGGCAUGACGGCCGAGGAGAUCGGCGCCGCCCUCGGCGGCACCAAGGGCGGUCGCGCCGAGGCCAAGGCCGCUCUCUAAUCUGACAACGGUCAUAAUAAAUGAUGCCGGCGGCGGUCAUGACGAUGAUAGAUAUGGUGGUGGUAGGAGGAGGUAGUGGAAGAGGAGGAGGAGGAGGAUGAUGAUGAUGAUAGAUGGAUGAUGGGCCGGUGAGGCAACAAAAAAAAAAAUAAGCGGACGGGGACAGGUUGGAGGGGGGGGGGGAAGAUGUCGCGGCGUACCGCACACGCUGAUACGGGCAUUUAGCUCUCCCCGCUUCUUUCUCCCCUUUCCUAGGCGCCGAGCAACCUGAGCGGUCGCUCGGUCUUUGUCUAUGAAGAUAGGAAGGUACAGAGAAGAGGAGAUGGUGCCCGAAACCAAGGGGGGAAUGGAGGUGCUACUGCAGGGCUCUCUAGCCCUCCCCCGCCUCCCAUGCCUCCAGCUUCUUGCUGUGAGGGCCCCCUCUCGACGCCGACCUCACUAGUCCCGUUGUCCUCUGACGAGACUGUGUAUAUUAUCAGCCUUUUGUCCAUGGUGGCUACUUCGGGGCACUUUCUCAAUGUCUUAAUACGUCUGUAUUGGUUCUAGAUUUCUUACAGUUAUAAACUGGGGAGACUGGGUGGUUCUCAUGUGGCGGGGCAUGAAGGGAAGAAUGUAUAUUAUGGGAUGGCUCUCAUCUCCCAAAAACAAAACUGGCCUUGGUUGCAUGCGUCCUCGAUUCAGCCGCGUUUGCAUCUGAUGUGUUCGCGAAUGCCGUUGCCUACACAACCGAUUUCAAAUCAGCUGGAAAAUAGGAAGCCCUGCCCAGCGGCAUCACAUGUUGUUAUGUAUACAUAUACGUAUAUAUGUAUAUACAGCAAAUGUGAUGCAGCCAACAGUAUUAACACCUAGCUCAGGUAUGACCAAGCUCAACUAGUCAUCCUCAGCUCGGAUGUCACAACC